CGAAACCUAGACCAUGAUGAAUAUUAAUAACGCAAUUCUUUUAUCUAGCGUUAAGCAAUGCGCGGAAUUUAGGGCUACGGCAGACUAUAUAUUUGCAACCUCCAGUGUCUGAGAAAGUAAAUUCUUCACGCCAAUCCUCCUUUUUCCCCAUCUUCUCUUAACCUUUACCAUUGCGCAACCCUUUCCAGCCUUGGACUGCGUAAAAAUCCCUCAUGAUGGCGAAAUACCCAGGCAUCAAAAAGCGCGACGUAAAGCCCAUGAGGGAGCGGUUAACGGCUCCCUGGGGCAUCGUCGUCAACGAAAAGGAUUUCGAAAAACUUGCAACCGGGCACGAAAGCUUCGACAUGGACGAUCAAUGGGACGUGCUGGUUGAAGAUCCGGACGAAAACAACAAUUCCGUUAUCUCUGUUCAUUUCAUGCGGAGCUGGACCGGACAGGAAAUUUACAUACUCCAUUUGAAUAAUUCCGACGCCAAAAGUGGGAUCAAGGUCGAUAGCAUUACGUGGGAGGGGAACAAGAACGGCGUUCGUAUCGACGCGGAACAGGCGCAAAAGGAGGUUGUGCUUUUGGCUAGGGAUGUGCUCCAGUGCGAAUUCGACGAGCUUCCACAUUACGAUUUUGACGAGGUUUAUAACCAUCCUGCCUACUUUAUAAAGAAACGGCCGCAGAAAAAGACCAGCAGCUAGGUAAAUGAGAAAUCGAGGACGUUGGAGAAUAAUGUAAAUCUCGUUUCAUACUAGGUCGGUCUAGAUACCUAGUUUCUAGUGCUCUUUUGCAUUUCCAG